CCAGCAUGCCCGGACAGCAUUUUGGCUGUCCACCAUGCUGGUAGGUGUAGGUUGGCAACAGCUGGAGGCUCCCUGGUGUGGAAUCCCAGCCCAAUUCCAUGUCAGCACGGCAAUAGUUAACUCCCGCAGCUGUUCCCUGGAGAUCAAUCAGAUGUAGUUGAUAAGUGUCACCUGACCAGGUCCUAUAGUUGCUAUGGUGAUUUAUUUUUUAUUGUAUUUUAUCCCUGUGAGCGCACGGAUAACGUCUUCUAUAGACAAAUCCCAUUCACUGCACUUUGCACCAAGAGCUCACGAUCAAUCAGCAGACACUGUGGGUGGUGAAGUUCGGCCCCUCUAGGGGGUAUUAGGAAUCAUGCUGCGCUCAUCAGGGAUGUCUGAGAAGAAUGUCCGCGAUGUUAUUACGGAGAAUAGUGACCUGAAGAAAUUCCAUGAACAGAUGAGGAGAGAGGUGCGGGCCAUCCUCAUCCGACAUGAAGGCGUUCUUGGCAGGGUGACCACAAAUGAUUCUCCAGUAGUAAACAAGCGUGUUGGUGCUGGACGGACAAGGCCCAACCGGGUUGGAGAUGUGGGGGUAACAGGGAGCCUAAAGAAGCAGUGGAGCAGCCUCAAGCAGCUGGUGGAGAUACUGGAAGCCCGAGUUGCACAGUCUGAUGUGACCCAUGUGAUCAGUGUGACGGACCAUGAGAAGGAACUGACCCGGCUCAAGAAGGAGGUAGAAGAGCUUAGAGAAGAGCUGGAACAGAGCCGGGAGCUGAUAAGUCAACAGCAGCAGCUAUUACAGGACCAGUUGGUGCCUCAGCCUGGUGAAGGGCAGCAAUCUCCUAUGUGGAACGCAUACUUCUUGGAAGAGCAGCUGAGAUUACAACAAGACAGAGAGGCCUUUGAGGAGCAGAAGCGGGCCUUUCAGGAUGAGCGGGAUAAGUUUACCGAGGCAGCCAUCCGUCUGGGGAGAGAGCGUCUCCAGUUUAAGGCCGACCAAGCUCUCUUCAUGAAGCAGCAGUUUCUGAAUAUGACUCCAGGUCUGGAUACUCCACCUUGGAAGAAGACUCCACCGUGGUCCGCACUUGCGGCGAACACCCCAGGAAGGACCUUCAGUAACCCCAAAAAGCAGUUCACACCCAGUCAUCCGUGUGGCAGCAGCCAUCGCAGAGGGUUGACUUCUGCAGAUCCUAUGACGCCAAGUACUGCGGAGCUGUACAGGGUCCUGAGGCUGGCACCUCCCAGCAGGUCCAUGAAUUCUCCUAGGUUUGACAGCAGCAGUCAGCAGGACACGGAGUCUGAGGAAAGUAGUCGGAGAUGGAGUGACAGCCUGUCAUCACGAAGCGAGUCUCCAGAACUACAGCCCCUUCCUCCGUUUGUAAUUCCCUUCAAACUGAGCAUGACCCCUUAUCUUCGCCCAAGGCCCACCCCAAUAAGCUUGCCUCAUUGCCACGCGGAGCCUCGCACACCUAGUACAGCGGAGCUGUUCAGAGCCUUGCACCUUACUCCUGCUGAAAGCAUAACCUCAGGAAAAAGAGGACGUGGGGAUGAAUUAAGAAGGUCCAUCCUCCAUCAUUCCCACCGUCGAGCCAGCAUCUCCAAGGCUGCAGAAACUCCUUGUUGCAAUGAAAACGUCAGGAAAAGUGAGGAGGUGUCCCAGUGUCCUUACGAGUUUUCCAGAGCAGAUUGCGAGAUGGAUUCUCUGUCUCCUGAAGAGAUCACUCCCAAAAACGAAAUGACGUCCUCGCCCAAAGACAACUCUGAAUGUUUUGACAAUGACUCUUUGUAUAGAGUAACUCCUCUUCAUGACGCCACCUAUGUCCGCGAAGAGAGUGUGCCUCGUCUAAUGGUGGACACCCACUACUGCCAUCAGGAUGCUGAUCAAAGCUUGUGGCAACGUCAAGAGAUGGAUGAAGACAAAUAUGCACACAGAGCAAGUUCUAACAGCAAGCCAAGAGAGACCCUACAGGUGAAAGACCGCUGUAAAAGUAGAUCCCGCGAGACCCUUCAUCCUCAGGACGCAUGUAGUAGAGCGAGCAGAAGUAGAUCACGAGAGAGAUUACCCUCUAAAUAUCAGGGUGCAACCAGGUCCAGGGAAGACCUUUCCCGCAGAAGCCACCCUUGCCACCAACCCAAGGCCGAUUUUGAAGACUGCUGUACCCUCGAAAGAGAUGAGGCUCCUCCUCACAGUAUAUCCAACAGGAGAAGGUCCUUGGACUCUCUUCGCCACAAACAUGGCUGCAAGAGCCAGCCAAAAGAGAGCCAUUCUGUCCAUCGAAGAUCCUCCCGCCACCGCAGAGACACCUUGUAUACCUCAGGCCCGGGGCGGUCGCCCCUCCAUUUCCGUCGUUCCUGUCCGUCCGCCCGCAAUGCUACCCCGUGGACCGCUGAACACGUGGCGGCGUCAAACCUUUGUGCUGACCUGUUGACCCAGUUUCUCGAUUGUUCCUUCUAGGGUUCAAGGAGAAAUCUGAAUUUCGAGAUGGAGGAAAGACUAGUAGAGUAUGAACCCCUUUUUUUUAAAUUUAUUUAUAAAAAUGUCACCUUACUUGUUGGUGUCAGGGUAACCACUUUUGCAUAAGGACACAAUCCACCUUUUAAAGGAGCAUUAAACAUGUCCUAUGAUGGACUGGCACCUAGAAACUUAUUUAUGCCAUGAUGUGUUUACACAGCCAAAAUUGGUGCCGAUAUGGAAUCCAUGUUGGUGUCUACUGAUCAAAUUUGCUGUGAAUAACGCCAAAGCCAACGAAUGCUCUUCCUUUUUAUAGGUUUCUCAAACUUUAAUAGAUUAAGAGUCCGAUGUGUGUUAAAAUACAUAUUGGUGCAAGAACCAUUGGUUCUUGACCUCCUACCUUAAUUUUCAAGAGGGGGUGUUUCCCAACCAGGGUGCCUCCAGCUGUUGCAAAACUACAACUCCCAGCAUGCCCGGACAGCCGAAGGCUGUCCGGGCAUGCUGGGAGUUGUAGUUUUGCAAAGCUGGCUGGGAGACACUGGGUUUUUUUUGUAAAGCACUGAUCACUUUAUUUUAUUUUAUUUUUUUUGCAUUUGACAUCACAAAGUAACUGGCUUUUAGUGUGAAUACAUCACUGACUUGUAUUGGCUUUUUAAUAUAUUUGUAUGUUUUAAUAUAAUAAAAAUUGUUGCCAUAGUAUUUGGCA